AUGGCCACAAUAAUUGCACAAACGCCAGCUGCGGCUAGCAAUGAACGCAUCCGCCGUCCACGACGACAUUACAAAUGCGCCUACUGCCAGAAGGUGUUCAAGCGCAGCGAGCACUGUAUCCGCCACGAGCGCACCCACACAAACGAGAAGCCAUUCUCCUGCCGAUACUGCCGACGUUCAUACUCGAGGAAGGAUCUGGUCACCAGACAUGAGCCCGUAGGUGACGAGCCUGAUGGUUCACUAAGUGACGCCGGCAACGGCUCGGUCCCGGGUCGAAAGCGCCGCAGAAUUGACGCAACCGUUCUGGGUGCCGCCGACGACGCGGAUCUACCACCGUCAGAAUCGGAGCCUAGCCCUGCCUCGAGCGCCAUUCGGGGAGGCGUAGACUCACCCUCCAACCAUACUUAUACAUUCCCUGGCGAAAAUGGAACGACCGAUUCAGUCACGGAUGAACCACGGACCCAAAGUCCUGCGCCCCGUCGCAAAACACCCCUACGGCAGUCAAUAUCAAGUCUCGCCAACGUACUGGACGCGCCGGGACAUGCGACCUCGGCAUCACAGCAAUCUGACGUCUAUACAGGACUGCAUUUCGACGUAUACGAUGCCACAUCCCAGAUGCCCAUGGACGUCGACCUUGAUCAGGGAUCGAGACACCCUGACGACCUCAACCACUAUACCCCUUCUCACAAUAUCAUGAUGCCGGGGCGCAAGCGAAUGCCACCAAUCAGAACUUGGAUCCUGAGACUUUUUGCUGCCUUCGAACCGGCCGACAUGUCGUCCUUCUUCACCUUCUCCCCGUUUCCCGCCGGCCUCUUCGACGUCGGCCAGAACAUGCCGAACAUGGCAAUGCCCGGCAUGGCAGGCUACCAACAACUCCAGACUAACGUAUCACCUUCAGCUACACGCCUCGAUGCGGCCACCUCUCCAGCGUCAGCACCGCCGGCGCACUCGCCGUCCCAGCUCCAGCAAGUGAAGGAUCACGCAACAUCAAGCGGGUCUGACAGUAUGGCUGCUAGAGCAGCGCCGAGUAAUUUGCCUUUUCUGGUCAAGGACGAGCCACCACAGAUACCAAACCUUGCAGCCGAUAAUAACUGGCAUGCUUCGCUCUGUAAGGAUCUCGCUGAGCGGUUAGGGCGGCCCGAUGUCAUACAGGAGGUGCCGUCAUCCAAACUUUUGCAAGGUUUCCUCACGAGCUUCCUGGACUGCUACUACAGACACCAGCCGUUUAUCCACUUACCCACCCUGUCCGCCGCCAACACUCCCAGUCCGCUGAUUCUGGGCAUGUGUUGCAUUGGUGCUCUUUACCGUCUCGACCGCCGUCGGGCAGAGAGGCUUUACACCCUUGGUACCGAGUCCAUUGCAAGUGAUGUACGGGCAUUCCUCAAAUUCUCAGCGGAACUACCCCUGUGGGUAGGACAAACCAAGAUGCUCCUGACUGCCUACGCCGCUCUGAGCGGCGACAAAGCCCUUGCGGGGUCCGUCAUGGAAGACAACGGCUUCUUCACCUUGCUCUACGGCAAAACCCGCGUCGCCCUCGCAGCCCAAGACCCGGACAUCACCAAAAUGACCUGGGACGUGUGGAUCCGGCGGGAAUCCUCGAAACGUCUCCUAGGCGGCAUCUACGUCGCCAGCACGGUCCACCUGAUAAUCUGGGAUAUCAAUCCCUAUGUCAACACCUCCCACGAUCUCGAAAUCGAAGUCCUCCACGAAGAAUCCCUCUGGAACGCAAAGACUGGCGCGGAAUGGGCCGACCUGACGGCCAACCAGCCGCGACAGGACUACCGCACCCUCAAAGACGGCCUCGCCUCCAUCAUGUCCGACAGUAAACCCGACUCCCCUCGCAUCACCGCCUGUCGCCUUUCCCCGUUUACGGCCCACCUCCUCAUGCACGCCGUGGUAGUGCACGUCUGGCAGCUCGUGCAGGUGGCUCAAACACUCUCCCCUCCCCCUCGGGUGCCCUGGGCCGCGAUCCGCGCAGAAGAUCCCACGAGCGCUAGUCACGAAGAGGGAACGAGCCACAUCUUCAAUUGUCACGCCACGCUCAGGAUGGCGUAUAUCCGCCUCUUCAGCGUGGCGCGCGGGUUCGAGCGGCCGAGUCUCAUGACGAGUUCUGAUCCUGGAGCCGCAAAGGCGUUCGCGUCGCAGUUCGCGACGACGAAGUUAGAACGCAGUCCGCAGCUGUUUAAUGCUGUUGUCAAGGCGUUUGAGGGGCUGAGUAUACCGGUUUGGAUGGGACAUAUGUUGGUGAGGAAGACGGCGGCGUUGAGGUGGAGUCCGGCGCAUGCUAUCAGUGGGUGGGAUUGUGCGCUGUUUGUUUGUAAAUGGGUGCAUUCGGUCGAGAUGGAUCGGUUGAACGAUAUCGAGCCGAGCCCGGCUGAGAACGAGCUGCUGGAGAAUAUCAAGGAUGUGCUCGAGGAGGCGGAGUAUGACCCGGGGAAGAGCCGAUCGCUCGCUGCCGGUGUGGCGAGGACGUGGAGCUGGCUGCUUCAGGAUGUUUGGGUGUGGAGCAUCACCCCCCCUGAUGGGAGCGGUCCUCGAGCAGAUGGCAGCUGCUUUUGA